AUGGACCAAAGCUGUUUGGAUGAGCAAUUUGGUGAAAAACUGAAAUGCCCAGUUUGCUUGAAGAUAUAUACACCUCCAGUUUAUUUAUGCAGAUUAAGACAUAGCAUGUGCUCACUCUGUGCAGCAAAUAUAAAAAAUUGCCCAUCCUGCAAAGAGAAAUUUGUAGCAAAUUCAAGGAAUAUAGAGAUUGAAAAUAUGCUAGAACAAAUUUUGGUGCAUUGCAGGUUCCAAGGCUGCACAGAAAUAGUUUCUUUGUUCAAUAUGCCCGAGCAUAAUAAAAUCCAUCAAACUAGUACACUAUCAAGGUGCCUAGAAUGUAAAAGCAAUGAGGAAGAUUUGAUUACACAUUUACUGCUAGGGCAUGAUUAUCCAGAUAUAGCUAUGGAUGAGGAAGGAGGGUUAAGAUCAUUUUCAGGGCCAAUUAGAUCAUGAAAUAAAAAUACUGAUUGGCCGAAAGGGAUUUGAAGAAUUGGAAACGAUCCUUUGAUCGUCUAUGCUAAAACUUAUUUAGGAGUAUUCCACAUCUAUUUAUAUAAAGUAACAAGAAACCCCAUAAGCAUUAGUCUCAGAGUCGAAACUCCUCGAUGUGCAACAAUUUCCAAGUGGAAAGUCCCACAUGUAUCUGAAUAUGAAAUUAACAGUCAAAAGCCUCAUUUUAAUUGUGAUGUUAACGUUUUAUUGAACUUCGUGAAAAUUCAGGAGGGAGGCGAAGAUAUUUUAAAGCUCUGGAUUAGAGUUAUAAAAAAGCUCGAUCACAAUAAUGCUGCCUAA